UCGGACACAGAGGCGGAGAAGAGCGGUGAACGGAUCAUUGCGGCGCCGAUCGGGCAAUGGAGAAAAUCCUUAGGGACCCGACCGAUGAUGGAUCGAACAUGAAGGAGAAUCCAGAGCAGAAACGGAGCGGUCUGGUGAAGCGACUCGCCUCUGUUUCGAACCAGCUCAAGCGCAUGACAUCGGUCUCUAAACCAGCUAGAUUGGACCGGUCGAAGUCAACGGCCGGUCAGGCUUUGAAAGGCCUCAAGUUCAUCAGCAAGGCCGACCGUGGCGCUGGCUGGACCGCCGUGGAGAAGCGGUUUGCUAAGAUCACGAAAACUACUGAGGGAUUGCUGCUUCGGUCUAAAUUCGGUGAAUGCAUAGGGAUGAACUCAAAGGACUUUGCUUUGGUGUUGUUUGAUGCAUUAUCUAGAAGAAGGGGUAUGACCGGGGACGUGAUUGAUAAAGACCAGUUAAAGGACUUUUGGGAACAAAUAAGUGAUCAAAAAUUUGAUUCCAGGCUUAUGACGUUUUUUGACAUGAUGGAUAAAGACGGCAAUGGUAGACUAACCGAAGACGAAGUUAGAGAGAUCAUCAAUCUUAGUUCGUCUGCAAACAAUUUGCCAACCAUCCAGAAAAAGGCAGAUGAAUAUGCAGCAAUGAUAAUGGAAGUGCUUGACCCACAUAAGAUAGGAUACAUCAUGGUGGAAAGUCUAAAGGAUUUGCUUAUGCAAGCAGAAGUAGAACCUGGACUCACAAAUACUGAAGAAAGAAAGCAGUUGAGCCAAAUGUUAACUGAGAAGCUUAAGCCUACGCUUGACCCUAACCCGUUGAGGAGAUGGUACCGUGGAGUGAGAUUCUUCGUACUGGAUAGCUGGCAAAGAAUUUGGGUGAUAGCCUUGUGGCUCAUGAUUAUGGCCAUCCUCUUCAUAUACAAGUACACUCAAUACAAGGAUAGAGCAGUGUAUGAAGUGAUGGGGCGUUGUGUGUGUUUGGCCAAAGGUGCAGCAGAGACGCUGAAGCUGAACAUGGCCUUGAUUCUGUUACCUGUAUGCCGGAACACCAUCACAUGGCUUAGAAAUAAGACCAGUUUGGGUGUUCUUGUCCCUUUUGAUGACAACAUUAACUUUCAUAAGGUCAUAGCGGUGGGAAUUACGAUAGGAGUAAGCAUACACGCGGUGGCCCACUUGGCGUGCGAUUUUCCAAGACUGAUCGCAGCAACUCCAGAGGCAUACAUGCCUCUAGGAAAAUUCUUUGGAGAGGAGCAACCGAAGAGUUACAUGCAUUUUGUGAAGUCAACAGAAGGAAUAACAGGGCUCGUAAUGGUUUUUCUGAUGGCAAUUGCUUUUACACUAGCUAUGCCUUGGUUCAGAAGAGGCAAACUAGAAAAAAAGCUUCCAGGGCCACUAAAGAAACUAGCCAGCUUCAAUGCCUUCUGGUACACUCACCAUUUGUUUGUUAUAGUCUACAUUCUCCUUAUCAUUCAUGGAUACUACUUGUUUCUCAGCAAGGAAUGGUACAAGAAAACUACGUGGAUGUACUUGGCAGUACCAAUAACUCUCUAUGCAUGCGAGAGAUUGAUACGAGCAUUCAGAUCAAGCAUCAGGACGGUGAAAGUUCUUAAGGCUCCCGCUUAUCCUGGAAACGUAUUGAAUUUGCACAUGUCAAGGCCUAAAAACUUCAAAUACAUGAGUGGUCAAUACAUGUUUGUAAACUGCCCAGCAGUCUCACAAUUUGAGUGGCAUCCAUUUUCUAUAACUUCUGCACCACAAGACGACUAUCUGAGCGUUCAUAUAAAAUCACUGGGAGACUGGACAAAAGCUAUCAAACGAGUUUUCGCUGAGGUGACAUCUAAACCACCUCCGGACGGAGACAUGUUGCAUGGUGCAAAUAAUCCCGUUUUCCCCAAAAUUCUGAUUGAUGGUCCGUACGGCGCACCAGCACAAGACUACAAGAAGUACGAGGUGGUUCUAUUGGUUGGCCUUGGGAUUGGGGCCACCCCGAUGAUCAGUAUUAUCAAGGACAUUAUCAACAAUACGGAUGCCAAGGAACAGGGCCAACUCAACCAAAUGGAGAAGGGAUCGCAAAAGGAGUCACAAGGUAAGAAAGAACGUUUCAAGACGCGAAGGGCUUACUUCUACUGGGUAACGAGGGAGCAGGGCUCGUAUGAUUGGUUCAAGAACAUCAUGAACGAGAUCGCAGAACGGGACAGAAGCAAAGUCAUAGAACUACACAACUAUUGCACUAGCGUCUACGAAGAAGAUGAUGCUCGUUCCGCGCUCAUACAUAUGCUCCAGUCUAUAAGCUAUGCCAAGAGUGGUCGGGACAUUGUCUCUGAGACAAGGGUCAAGUCUCACUUCGCAAAACCUAAUUGGGAAGACGUCUACAAACAGGUUGCCUUGGAUCACCCUGGCACUAAUGUUGGGGUGUUCUAUUGUGGAUCACCGGUAUUGACAAAGGAGUUAAGGCGUCUAGCUUUGGAAUUCACACACAAGACGAACACCAGAUUCACUUUCCACAAAGAGAACUUUUAAAUAAGGACCACGAAGCUUAUACUCAAAUUGCUGAUCAACUAUAUAUGUAUGAUGGAUCAACUAUAUAUGUAUGAUGGGCAACAAGAUACUGAAAUAAUUAUGGAGUUGAGUGCAAUGUUGUGUUUUGACAAUUUGGUGGGGCAC